GUGUUGAAACACAUAAACAUCUCCUCAUUUGUUGAACACUUCUCCUCCACUUCUCCUUCACUUCUCCUAUCAAUCCAUGGCUUCAAUCACUUCCUCUUAUUCUUCAUCUUCAAGACUAUUGUAUGGACGACCAACUCAUCCAACUCUACCAUUCCGUCCACUUUUUGUCCAUUACUUUCGGUAAGCACUGAAAAGAGAGCCAAACUUCGGACAACUCCUUUGGUUCCCAUUAGACCCCAUAAAUUAGUUGCGAGUCCUAUAAGUCAACGUCUGUUAAGCACCUCAUUAUAUCACCAAAAGUCAUCGUCUGUGCAGCAAAACACUCAAACACAUCAAUCAAAAUCAAUAAAUCCGUUCAAAUUGGCUGAGAAUGACUUAAACAGUCUUUACGCAGACAUUCGCAAAGAGUUAUGGACUGAAAGACCAGAGUUGGAAGAGAUCGCCGGCUAUUACUUCGAUGGUCAGGGAAAGGCGUUUCGACCGAUGGUCGUUGUAUUGAUCGCUCGGGCACUCAAUCAUCACAUCCAAAGAAGGCCUGAUUUGCUUGAGUCCCAGAAGACAGUGGCGAUGGUGACCGAAAUGAUUCAUACGGCGAGUCUGGUUCACGACGAUGUGAUCGAUACGGCGGACACCCGGCGCGGCAAAGCCAGUGUCAACGUGUUGUGGGGGCAGAAGAAGGCCAUAUUAGCCGGUGAUUACAUCCUCUCCAGAGCUUCGCAAAUGUUGGCCCGACUUCAGAACGAAGAAGUGAUUCUAGUUUUAUCGCAGGUGUUGUUGGAUUUAGUUCAGGGAGAGUUCAUGCAAAUGGGCUCCAAAGAGGACGAAAACGAACGAUUUUCUCAUUAUAUACACAAAAGUUUCAAAAAGACUGCCAGUCUUAUAGCGUACACGUGUAAAGCGGUGGCGCUAUUAUCGGGCGCUAAUCAGGCCUUCCAAGAGGCGGCCUUUCAAUACGGACGCAAUUUGGGAAUUGCCUUCCAAUUAGUGGACGAUUUGUUGGACUUUGUCUCGAGUCAGGCAGAGUUGGGCAAACCGGCCGCCGCUGACCUCAAACUAGGCUUAGCGACCGCUCCGGUGCUGUUCGCGUGCGAGAAAUUCCCGGACCUAAACAUUAUGAUUAUGAGACGAUUCUCCGAACCCGGAGACGUCGAGAAGGCCUACGAAGCAGUUAUGAAGAGCGACGGCUUAUAUCACACCCGAAUCCUGGCCCGAAAGCACGCCGACGAGGCCUUACGACACGUCUCGGGAUUCUCCGAUUCGGCCGAACGACACGCUCUCAUCUCUUUGACCGAAAUGACACUCAAUCGGAAGAAGUGAUCCUUAGAUAAGAAUUUGUAAAUAUAGUUAACGUUAAUUAUGGAAACAAGUAUAGCAUAUGAGCGCCGUUUUGAUCGGAAGUGAAGUGCCAUUCAUUUAAAGUCUUCCCAAUUAUUAUAUUCCUCACUGUUUUUAUGAGACAAUCGAUGUCUGUCUCGACUGUUAUUUCUUUUGUACAGUUAAUGAUUGUUAAGAAUUGGCUUUAAUUGGCGUUUGGGUUAUAUAUUAAAAUAUUUUUAAACUAGAAUUUUAAGGCUUUAAAUCUUAUUCUAAUGUCUUAUUCGUUUGAUUUCCCAAUAAUUUAGUUAUUCCUCUAAAACAAAUCACUUAAACAAACAAUUGCUUCAAAUUUAUAUUUGAUUGCAUUAUUAAAAACUAACUAAAAUGUGAG